GGAACGUGCCUCCCAAGUGGCGCCCAGGAACGAGGUCAAGACUCGGCCGGGAACCCCGCCGCCUCCUGGGGGCGCUGCCCGGGAGGGCUUCUCGGAGGCAGUGGCCUUGGCCUCGGGCCUGCGGGGGACUGGGGGACGGGCAGCCUGGCGGUCCGCAGAGCCUGGGUACGCCGGCCGGGCUGGGCCGCGGAGGCCCUCGGCGGGGGCCAUCUCGGCAGGUGGCGAGGUGGUGAGGGAGCUGCGGUGGCGACAGUCUGGAUGCCCUGGAAGGCGGCGAGCGCGGAGUGCUGCUGGCCGGCCCUCGGGGCUGCCGCCUUGCUGGGUGCCAACGGAGAGGGGCCCGCCAGGGCUGGGCGCCAGGGAGAAGCAGCCCCUGUUCCCAGUUUCUCUUCUCCAGCUGCGGUUCGCCGCUGACCCUGGGACUGGCUAGAGAGCAUCCCGCCGCUGUCGCCGUCGCCGAGCCGCCUGCUUCUCUGUGCCUCUGCGAUGGCAGCCAUUCUCCUCAUGGCCAGACCCAAGGUGCCAGUAUCUUUUGAGGACGUAUCCGUGUACUUCACCAAGACAGAAUGGAAGCUUCUGGAUCUCAGACAAAGGAUCCUCUACAAGCAAGUGAUGCUGGAGAACUACCGCCAUUUGGUGUCACUGGGAUUUUCAUCCUCCAAGCCUCACCUGGUCUCCCGGCUGGAGCAAGGGCAGGAGCCCUGGGUAGCAGACAUCUGCAGGAUGGGGGCCGCCACAGGUAUGCAAGCAGGUGACAGGAUAAAAAGCAAGAUGUCGAUUUCAAAGCAGAAACAUUGUCCAAAAGAACUCACAGGGGCCAAUCUUCAGAGCAGCAAUGAGGGCCAGGUAGCCAGGCUACUGGAGGGAACGCUGGAGCACAGACAGAAACAUGCUCUCUCUCCACAAACAGGUUCCAGCAGGGGUGACCAUCCGAGGGAGAAAGGUCCAGGCAGCUCUUCUGGCGAGGGAAGAGAGAUCCUGCAGAGAAGUGACCUCGGCACUAGUCAGGAUCCUGUGCUAAGGCAACAGUGCUCCCAAGGAGCAGAGAAGCGGUACCUGUGUCAGCAGUGUGGGAAAUCCUUCAGCCGGAGCUCCAACCUCAUCAAGCACCGGAUAAUUCACAGCGGCGAGAAGCCCUAUGAGUGCUCGGAGUGCGGGAAACUCUUCCGGCGCAGCUUCGCCCUCCUGGAGCACCAGCGCAUCCACAGCGGUGAGAAACCCUUCACGUGCAGCGAGUGCGGCAAGGCCUUCACGCGCAGCUCCAACCUCAUCAAGCACCAGAUUAUCCACAGCGGCGAGAAGCCCUACGCGUGCCCAGAGUGUGGGAAACUGUUCCGGCGCAGCUUCGCGCUCCUGGAGCACCGGCGUGUGCACAGCGGCGAACGGCCCUACGCCUGCAGCGAGUGCGGGAAGGCCUUCAGCAGGAGCUCCAACCUCAUCGAGCACCAGCGCACCCACAGCGGCCAGAAGCCCUACGCCUGCAGCCAGUGUCCAAAAGCCUUCAAGGGCGUCUCCCAGCUCAUUCACCACCAGCGUGUCCACAGCGGGGAGAAGCCGUUUGAGUGCAAGGAGUGCGGGAAGGCCUUCCGGGGGCGCUCAGGCCUCAGUCAGCACCGGCGGGUGCACAGUGGCGAGAGGCCUUACGAGUGCAGCGAGUGCGGGAAGGCCUUCAGCAGGCGCGCCAACCUCUUCAAGCACCAGGCAGUUCACGAGUGCGCAGACUGCUUCGUCCUCCUGGAGCGCCGGCCGGGGUGCGGCGGGGGCGGGAAGGCCGAGGGACGGCGCGCCCACAGCAGCCAGGAGCCCUGCACCCGCAGCGAGCAUGGCAAGUGUGGCGAGGCCUUCAAGGGGGAGUCGCAGCUCAGCCACCAUCAGAAAACUCGUGGUGGAAGGAAGCCCUUGGUGGGGAGCGACUGCGAGAAAGGGCCAGCCUCCUAGGCCCUCAGGAGACCCCCUGCAGAGCCCUGCCCUGAGGACGAGAGACACUGGAUAGACUCCAAACGCGCGGCUGCCCCCAGUGCAGUCUGACAUGGGCUGUCUUCAGGAGGGCAUGGUUUCAAAUGAGGGCCUCCCGCUCCCCCCCUUUGGUCCUUAAUGAUGCAAUCGAGGCAUAGAGACUGCCCUGCAUGGGCGGCCACUGUCGUGUGUGCACAGGCAUGUGUGCCAGCAUGUGGAGCUGCCGUGUGAGCGGAUUUGUAUUCCAUAUUGGGGCUGCUGAAUGUAUGCUUGCCCCGCAUGGGUUGUUCGCUUCACCCCAAGACUUGUUAGUGUUUCCAGAUAGAAGACACUAAAAGCACUUUAAUCCUUUAAGAGCUUAUAAACAGAAGGAACUUGAGGGAAUUCCAAAUUGUGGGCUCUACGACUAGGCUGUGGCUUGACUGUGACAUCACCUCAAAUUCUUCAAGAAACAGUCUGAAAAUGGACUCAGGCAAAUGCGCUCGUGGACCGCUCGUGCCCACAUUGUCAGCCUUCAGGAAGUGGCGUCUCCUCUAGGAGCCUGCUGCUCCAUAGGAGGGCACAGGACACCCUGAUCUCAUGCUCAGCAGUGGCCCAAUCCUUUUCCAGGCCAUUGGUCCUUAUUCCUGAAAGCCACAGCCUUCCGUGGGCGCCCCCAGCUGCUUCCGGGAGGAGCAGUGCCCAGGCCCCAUCUUCUCGGAGCUGGAGAGUUCUGGAGGAUGGUGGCCUGGGCCCGAUGAAGAGGAUGAGGCCCAGGGACUCUCAGCCCUUUCGCUCUGGUCCCUCCUAGGAGUGGGCUCCAGGCAAGUCAUGGCAGCAUGGCAGCCUCUGCCACGGGCCGCCCUGCUGCCUUUGGUCUCCUCCCUGCACAACAGGCCCCUGGGCUUGCCCCACCCGCUGCCUUCUGCCCCCAAGACCCCACCAGCAAAAGCCACCCUGGCCUCUCUGGCCCUCCUUCCCACCCUCAGUGCCUAAAGCUCCUUGUGGCUGGAGCCAAUCAGGAGGAAAGGAAGACAGCUUGGGUAUUUGCACAGAGAGUGCCCAGUAACGGCUCUCUCAUGGGAUCUGUCUUUCACAUGACAGUCCUUCAAAUAUUGGAGGUUCAGUUGCUCUGAAUGUUUUUGUGUCCAGGGUAAUGUAAGUUGAAGAUAGAGAUUUUUUCCAUAUGAGAGUGUCAGGCAAUCUCUCCUUAUCUAAGAAUCCCCCCAACCCUCUGAGAGGACCUCAGCCAGGAGAAAGGGGGCCGCCCCAGGCCCAACACCUGAUUAGUGUGGUGGCAAGCCUGGCCCCUCUUCUCCCUCCUCCCCUGUAGCUCUGGAGAGACAGGGUGGACCCGUCAAAUGGCACUUUACUGCUAUUGAGACUAAGAGGUUCUCAAAGAGAAAGCUCCCGCUGGCCGGGGGCCAGCUGCUGGCAGGCUGUGACCUGUUCUGCCCAUGCUGUCCCCAGAGCUGGGCCUGGGAGUUCUGCCCUUUGGUGCUCUCAGCCCAGUGUCCUGGUCGGCUUGCCACAUGCUUCCAGCCCUCUUCACUCCCAGGGGCUCUGGCUCUGUCACACAAACUACCCGAGGGCAGGCAGGUGGUGCUGGAGAACCCCCCUGGGGCCUCCAAGGAGUGUGCACCCUCCCUGACAGACGGGGGAGGGCCAAAGACCCGCCAGGACAGUGUGGGAAUCCCCAGACACACAGGACUGUGCGGCUACUGGAGCUCCGAGUGCCAGGAGACUGCAGGAGCACGAGAGAGACGUGAUUUACAUGGAUAGAUUAAAAUGAGUCUACACACUUAGGACUUAGGAAAAGUUCUAGAGUUCUUGUGACUUGCUCUUACCUCAUAGCCUCCCUCUCUGGGUCCGCAUCCCUGUGUGCUUUGACGGCUUUCUGCUCUGCGCGUCAUGCUCGUCUUUGGGGCCCUAGUUUCCAAGCCCAGUGCUUGGCACUCAGUAAAUGCUUGUGAAGUCAAUGUUGCCCCCUUAGCACAUUGAACCUGGGUUCUAGAUCAUAGUUGGCUCUAGCUUUACCUUGAGGAAGUUGAAAGUAUUUGCAACUUUGGGUUUUCCAAUAGAAAAAGAAGUAUUAGGAAGGGUGUCUUUGAAGUCCGUGGAGAGGUCGUGGGGAGGUGUGUGUUUUUCGGAGGUGCAGACAAUCUUGGCUAGGGCUGGCAUGGAUUCAGGAUACCAAUCCCCAUGCAGGGCAGGGGAGAGUGGCAGGAUGCCAUGUGCUUGGGCUCUAUUCUCGUUUUGUUCAACUGUGGCCUGACCGGGAUUGAGGCAACAAGUGCCACGUGAUGGAAACCGGGAAGAGCACAGAUCCGUGUGCUCUGAUGUCCAUUUCCAUCACUCUAGUAAGUGAGUGAUUUCGCUCCUACAGGCGAGUCAGUAACGUUUAAUAAAUCUUCUUUAAUAAAGAAGAGUGGCUCCCCAGUGUAACAUCCUCCCAUUGGUUCUACUGGAUAAGCUAACUCAGUUUUUAACGUGAGCUCCUGUUUUCAUCUUGGGACCCACACCUGAAGAUGACUAGGUGCGGGGUGGGGGGAUGUCCAGAUGUUUUCAGCAGAAAGUGGGUUUGCCCGGAGAGGUGCUGGGCACUUGCUCUCUGGUUUUGGAAUGCCCUGGAAAGCUCCAGGAUCCCCAAAUGCUUGCCCAGACAAGUGACAUUUCAAGUAGCAAUGCAUCUUUUGGUUUGUUGGUUCUCAGGUCUCGGUCCAAUUUUCCUCCUCUUCAUUAGCGUUUUGCAGCAGUGCAGUUAUGAGUACCAUUUCCUUUCGGAUAUGAUAAGCAGGUACGGGACAGGAGCUGAACGGGUCUUGCAUGGAAUACAGGUCAGAGAGCGGCUUGAGAGGAUGCCUAUGGUUUUGUUACCAGCUACAUACCCAGGUUCUUUACCCACCACACAAGAGGGGCCAAAUAAAACUGGAACACCAGGCUUAUGGCAAGGAAAGAGUUUUUAUUUCGGGUGACUUCAGCCGGGAGACAAGAGCUCUCAAAUUUGUCCCAUCUCCCGGAAAGAUAGGAGGCAAGAGGUUUUAAAGGUUUCAAGGGGGAGCAUGUGCUGGGGUUUUAGGUAGGGGAGGGGGAGCACGUGGCCUUGCUGGUUGGCGCCUUCCCACCAGCCUGCGUUUGGCCUUGGAGACUGAAUUUCUUUCCCUUGACUGUCUGGACUUUUCUGGUUAGUUUUCAUCUUCAGCCUGCGUUUGGCCUUGUGAGGCUGAAUCUUGAUGUCUGGACCUUGAUUUCCUGGGAAAAACAGCUCUCUCAUACACUAAGGAGGGACAGAAAGACCUGGUUAGUUUUGAACAACAGUUGAUUAUGCUGCGUAUGCACAGCUGCAGUUAGCAAAGCUUAUCUUAAAAGUUUUUGCUCUCUUCCUCUAGCCCAGGGAAGGUUUUGUAAUCUCUUCGUGCUCCGUUUCAGUUUUCCUUCUGCGAGGCCUUAGAAUUGGGCUCCACACUCUGGCUGUGUGGGGAACUGCAAUGACGGCCCACACUUGCUUUCAGACCGACGACUGAAAUGUAGAAGCUCCAACUCGCGGGGAUGUCCUCCCAAGAACUGCCCUGGACACCAGCCCCUCUGCACUUCUGGGCUGGUCUUCUGCUUCAAAGGCGAGCCUGCAGGGCACUGGGUCAGCCCAUAGCACAUCUGGGCCUUUGGGCCAUUUGUCCUUUGAAACUUUGGACAUCUUUCAAGAGCCGUUUAACUGGUGAACUGCCGUGACUGCAUUCAUUUACUUCAGGGGCAAACAAGGAAGGACCGUCUAAGGGUGUUGGCCUUGAAAGGAGCCCUCUAGUGGAGACGGCCUAUUCUGAUGCAUAGCGGUUAGGUUCAGGGCCUCAGGAAAGGCUGGAAGCGCGGAAUUGGGGGGGAGGCUGAGAGACCGCGUUUGGGUGUCUCUUGGCACCUGUGAAGGUACGGUGGAAACCCUCGAGGGCGAGCUGCACAGGGAUCAAGGGCCCCGACCCAAAGCCAGUCAAACGCUGUGACCCUGAGAACAGGAAGGGCAGAGUGCCACGUCAGGCCCCUGAGAAACACAGCUGUGUCUUGCUUCCAGUUGUUUCUGUUACUGUUCUUCAGGCAAAUGGCAGUGUCCCGACACAUCACUGUGGGUGCCCUGUCCCGCCCCAUAUGGCCCUGGACAGAAGGCGGCUCUGCUUCCACCCUUCCGUUGGUCACUUCUUGGCCUCCCUCUGCAGAGGGACUCCAGCAUGGACACCCAUCUGUCUUGUAGGCCCGGAAUCCACUCCCCCUGGCCUUGCCACCUCGUGGCCACAGGUGUCUGGGUCUCCUCUCUGUCUCCCUCGUCCCCCAGCCAUGCUCGGGGUCCUUGGCCCUUUCCUCUGUCCUUUAUCUCUGAUGGUCACUCACUUCUGGUUGCCUCUGCUCCGUCUGCCCUCAUGCAGCCAUGUUUGAGUGCAAGAAUAGUCCAGGGCUUUCUGUAGGCCUGGGCGCUUAGCUCUUUCCAAGUGUAGAUGGGGCCUUAGAAGCUUUCUGUGGAUUGCCUGCAGGACUGGCUCGGCUUUGUGAGGCUGCCAAGAACCUUAAACAAAGAAAUAGGCAAGACUGGGCCUCUGGGCUUGAGUGGCUGUAAUCCCAGACUUGCCCCCAAGGGAGGAAAGGGCAGGCCUGGGAAGGGGGCUCUCGGAGAAUUCUGUUGUCAUUGUCACUAAGCACACUUAGUUUGUAAAUGUUGGGUGAAUGGGAUGGUUCUGGUUGGUGUCACGGCAAAGUGGAUGCAGCAGACUCGCCAUGAACCUCAUCCUCACUCCUCUGCUCAGCCAGAGGAUGCCAAGUGUAUACCUUGUUAGGUAGCAAAGUGUGACAAGCAGUGUCUCAGGGCAAGGGUGGGAGUAAGUACCAAGUGAGUUCCCGAGACAGGAAGUAGAGGCUGAGGGACUCCAGGCAGAGUGGAGGGAAGAAGGGGGAGCACGUGGUGUGUUCGGGAAGCCUAGAAAGGCAGAGGGCUUUCUGUAGGACAGUCGUGGGGUAAACGGUCUUUAGAACCAGAGUGCGAAGAGCCUGGGAGGCCCGGCCAAGAAGUUUGGUCUCUAGCUGGUUCCUGAUGAGGAGCAGUGUUUUUAAACAUAGAGGAUUAUUCUAAGAUCGAGGAGGGGAAGUUAAUGUAACUUAUAUAACUGCUGGAGUGUGUGAAUUUACAUUCUGAUGACCACCAGGUAUACACAGUGAGGUCAUCUAGAUGGUAUUGAUGCUCAUCAGGUGGUGACACGUGGGCAUGGACAGCAGCAGUCCACCACCCAUGAUGCUUUGACAUGAGCAGCCUCGAUGGACAUUCUGGGGACUUGCCACUUGCCAUGGUAUUUGUAGCUGGUCUCCUCUUAUGCAUCUAUGACUUCACAGCCCAGGGACCCCCCUGGAUUCAGAGGCUGCUGAUUCUUCCCCUUUCUUUGACAGCCUCAUAGCAGUAUCACUGGCACACGAGAAAGCACACAUGUGCAGGUGGAUGGGUGUUAACGUGCACACCUGUGAAACCCUCACCACAAUAAGACAGUAAACAUAGAUGUCAUCACACCCAGAAGUUACCAUGGCCCCCCGUACCCCCUCUUUCCUGCCUUUCCCUGCCCCGCAUCCCCACAGCUCUGCUUUCUGUCACUGUAGAUUGGGUUGCAUUUUCUAGAAUUCUGUAUAAAUGGAAUCAUGCAAUAUGCACUUUCUUGUCUGGCCUCUUUCACUCAGCGUAAUGAUUUUGAAGUUCAUCCGGGUUGUAGUGUCUAUCAACCCUUCACUUUUCAUUGCUGAGUACUGUACCACUAUGUGGAUGAAUGUCAAUGCCUGUGGAAUACCUGUUGAUAGACAUGGGGGUUGUGUCCGGUUUGGGGGCACAACAAAUAAAGCUGCUGUGAACAGUGGUGGACAAGUCUCUGU